UUUUUUUUGUUUUCCAAAGCAAGAAAAGUAAUUUUAGUUAAAGUUGUUCUUACUUGUAAUUUAAUUUUUGAGACUGUCGGUUGACUUGUUUGUAUGUUAUGGUAUUGCUGAUUAUAGAAAUAUUUCUGACCCCUCAAAGAAAAUUUGAUUAUACAAAUAUUAUCCUUUUUAGUCAAAACCUGUAACCAACCAGGUUCUACUUUGAAAACUAAUUGCCACUAAUAUUAUUCUGAUUUGUGUGUGCGUGCGUGCAUUUAUCUUCUUUGGUAGAUUGACUAAAUGGGUAGGAUUUGAUUUUGAUAGAAAUGAUGUGGGAGUUGAUUAAGCAGUUUUGGUAAUGGAAAAGGGUAAGAGGUUUUUUGGUUUGUUAUGUUUGGUUGGGUGUGUGAGUGUGGGUUUGAUUCCUAUCCUAUGAGACCUCGGAAUCUUUGUACUGGUAAUAACAGAUUGAAAACAGUGGUGCCGUAAAUUUACACACAGCAUUAGCAUGGUGGGUUGGGAUUGCAGAAGCGGGAUUUGUAUGCAUCUCUGUCCGGCACAGAGAUACUAACUGUUGGGCCACAACCUUAGCAUUCAAGUUAUCUGUAGUAAACCUUUUUCCGACUCCGAUAAGUCCCACCCGUAUCACAUUUUCAGUGAAAAUGAUGAGGACAUCAAGAUUGGGAACAAUUGUGUGUGCACGCUAUAAAACCCUCACUUUUAUAUUUUUGUUUAUGUCUUUUGUGUGGUAUUUUCUCUUUGUUAAUUUUGUCUCAAACUACUCUGGAAUGUUUUCUCAUGUUAAGGUUUCAGAAUUAGGGCCUUUUCCAGUUUCCACCCAUUGCUGAAGCAAUUUGAUUCUAACAUCUUCAUCACUGUCUUACACCCUUACUAGUUAUCAAUCUGUUUUAAUGUUUCGGUGAUUUCCUUUGUACUUUAUUAUUGUGCCUGAGGUUUCGUUAUGCAAAAUGGAAACUAAAUGAAUCAAUUGAGUGUGCAUUAUGUCAUCGAUAAUGACAUGGAGAGUAAAUGAGUCCAUUGAAAAUUAACAUAGGUAUUGAUGUAAUGAAUUUCUCAUCUUGAACAGGCAAUUGGAGCCAGAACUAAAAGAAAAUGAAUUUACUUGUAAAGACCCAUUUGAAACUAAAUCACACAUUCAAUUUUUGUAGAGUAUCCAAACAUUUCCUAUUUAUAGUGCCUUGACACUUUAAAGUAAAAAUAUCUAGUUAUUCUUUUGCAUUUUAACUAUUGGUGUCCGUUUCUAUCUAGGAAAAUGAUUGAGAAACUGCACCAGGAUGUACUUUUCAUCUAGUGUCCUUGAUAAUUAUGAAUCAAGUUGGAUAGUCUUUUUAUCACAUUGUUGAUGCAGUAACAGACUGUAUCUUACUUUGCAACUAUUGUACUUAACUAACAUAUUCUUUCUCCUAAACAGGAAAGGAAAAAGGAAAAUAAAAUGUUGAUGACUACUGCAUUUACUGAACAGUGGUUGUUUUGGAUGCUGCACUAAACCCACGCCAAUUAUUGCUGUUGAUGAGCCCUCAAAGGGACUAAAAAUUCAAGGGCGAAUGGUGAGAAAACCUAGCAUAUCAGAUGAUUUUUGGAGUACCAGCACAUGUGAUCUGGAGAACAGCACUGUUCAAUCUCAAAGAAGCAUAUCAUCUAUCAGCACGUUGAACCAGGCCCUCAGUUUUGGCAGUGGCAGUGCUAGCAUGAACAGCCAGUCUGACUUUGUAAAUCAUGGUCUUCUUCUCUGGAAUCAAACCAGGCUUCAAUGGAUUGGAAGUAGCAGGCCUAGGAAUCAAACUCAACAAAGUCAGGAACCCAGAUUAAGUUGGAAUGCGUCUUACGAAAAUUUGCUUGGGACCAAACAGCCUUUCCCCCACCCUAUGCCUCUUUCUGAAAUGGUAGAAUUUCUAGUGGAGGUCUGGGAGCAGGAAGGGCUGUAUGAUUGAGGAAGUAUAUCAUACCAAGAUCCCACUGUGUCCUUUUUAACUCUUAAGAGUCUUUUGUGUAUAGUUGGGGGCAAAGGAGGAAGAAAAAGAAUGAGCAAAUUUGUCUAUCUCAAUUGUAAUACUACACACUAAUGACAAUCCUUUUUUUCUUUCUUUUUCUUUUUUAAUCUAUUUCCAUUUUCUCCUGUACAUGACCCUCUACUAUAUUCAAACCGAAUACAGAUGCAAAUAUGUAGAUAACACUGAACUUGAUGUUUUCUUUUCUUUUCCUUUCCAUUUUGGCGGGCUGAUUAACUUUU